UUCUGACCUGUUCGUAUGACGUCACUUCCUCUUGUGGAAGUGGAAACACCAGCAGUGAGAUUUUAGGAAGAUUUUGACUCUGGUGGCCUUCCAUAAGCCUGAUACUACACUGACAAUCCGAGGCGUGUGCUGCAGGAGCUGGCUUAUCCGAGACAGCCAGGCCAUGUCUUUAAAGAUGGAGCUGGAUGUCAGUGGAAUGUCCCGGACCCCUGUGUCCGUUUUACCCGCUGCUGAGGUCAAAGCCACGCUGAAGCCUGAGGUGGAGAAGCCGCGCUGCUCCAGCACGCCCUGCUCGCCCAUCAAAAGUACUGUCUCAGGAUACCAGAUCCUCCACAUGAACUCUAACUACCUGGUGGGCUUCACCACUGGGGAGGAGCUUCUGAAACUGGCCCACAAGUGGUCUGGGCCGGAGAAGAGCGGCGCCGAGGCGUCGGGGAUCCAGAAACCGGUGGAUUUAGGGAUGCACCGUGCCUCGCGCGUUUACAAAACCAAAAGCCGUUACUACCAACCUUACGACAUCCCUGCCAUAAACGGGCGACGCAGGAGGCGGAUGCCCAGCUCAGGAGAUACCUGCUUUAGAUCUCCAGUGGCCGGAGAGAGCAGUAAAGCCCUGCAUGGCCCACUGCCUCUGUGCCUGCUCAAGGCCAAGCGAGCGCACUCCAAAUCUCUGGACUACCUCAACCUGGACAAGAUGAGUCUCAGCGAGCCGGCCGACACCGACGUGCUGCAGUACCAGCUCCAGCACCUGACGCUGCGUGCCGAGCGCAUCUUCACCAGGAACAAAACAUGAACGGGGGGAAAAAAAUGCACCCACAGCCGGGCCUGAUACACCCUGGGAACUGGCUGCUGGUUUUGGGCCACGAGUUUCUCCAGUCAGAUCAUAGGCAGUUCCUGUAGUAAAGGCACCGAUAGACCACUAAUCUCGUUAUUUUAAGAACUGUUCACCUGAAGGUUCAGUGAGGUCCAGCUAACUUAAACGUUAACCUGUGAACAAAGUGAAGUUGUUUAUAAUAGUGUGUGUGUGUGUGUGUGUGUGUGUGUGUGUGUGUGUGUGUGUGUGUGUGAGUCUGAAGAGUGAAGGUGAGUUUGUUCAGGAUUAGCAAUAAACUAUAUGCUUAACAGUUGCUACUACUACUACUGUGUGUGUGGGUGUGUGUGUUUGUGUGUUUGUGUACGUGUGUAUGCCUGUGCGGAGGUGAAAAAAACCUCUGUUGCAGAAGAUGUACCUAUAACCUGCACUAGAACAUACUGUUAAACAUCUGGAUAUGUUUUUGUUUUUUGAAUGCACCAGGUUAGCGUAGCUCACUGUGGCGUUCUCCUGAAGUUAGCUUUGUUUUUAUUAGAUUUUUUUUUUAAAGCAUCAUUAGCAUCUUCACACUCGUCCUCGCGUCAGUAGGUGAGAGCCGUGCGCUCGUCUCGCAUACGAACAACACGCCAACACACACGUCUAAUAACAAAAACAAUAAAAACAGACUGUUAAACAACAUUCAUGUUCUUUAAAAUAGAUCAGGGUGACGUUCACUCACUCCAGGUUUAGUGCCUCACUAUUAAUUAACACUAUUAAUUCUCCUGUUUUAGUCUCUCGAGUUCUGUCUAGAUGUCCACACGAGGAACCCACUCUGAUUAUUCAUGGAGCUACAUAAGGAAUAUGUGCUAACAUUUCUGUUGAUCGAUUCACGUGGGAUUUGUAUUUAUUUUUGUGUUUUUUCCCCCUCAUGCUGGUGCACAGAAUUGCUACUAAAACAAACCAAAGCAUGAACUUUGGCUGUCCUGGGAAAAACUUGAUCCAAAAAAAUGCUAUGAUUAUGCUUAUGAUUUGUGCAACCACACCUGACAAUCAUAUUUUUUUACCUGAUAAUCCAGACCAGAUCAAAUCCAUCAUCCCGUAUUUCUCCGGACAUCUGACGUUGUUUUUCUCUUCUUUCUUUGUGUUUUCAUCUGAUAUUUAUUGAUCAUUGACCAGGAACAUUGCAACCACCAAAAGAGUUAAUAGUGUGAAUUUGAUGCACUGGUUUGAGGCGUAUGAUGUAUUUUUUUUGGUUUGAGUUUAUAUAUUGUAUGUUUUUUUUAUUUUAAAUCCCUGAAGCUACUGUACAUUGAUGUUCGAGUGAAUUACACUGGAGUUUUUCUUCUCAUGUUAAAA